AUGGAUAACGCAUUUGAGCUCGUCCGAGACGCGAACCUCGUGCGUAUGCGAAACACCGCAGGUGCUAUUAUAUCCAGCGCGCGUGUCGUCAAAGUCCUUUUCAUGAAGCCCUUUUUCUUUCUUUUCGUCUGGCGAAACGUCAAAAAUCAGCGCGCCGACCAACACGAGGGGUUUCAUAACCAUGUCCUCAAUUCGCUGGUCGAGCGGCCGCCGCCCCGUCGCGAAUCCACGCGCCACGGGCGAGAUUCCAUUUUUGAUAUAUCGCCGCCGAUUCUUCACCACACGCCGAACGAUCACGGGAAGGGACUUUGCAAACCGCAUCACGCACUCCGCCAUCAUCGUGGCAUAACGAAUAUGGAAAAAGGCGACCACCUCGAAGAGGGCGGCAGGGUGACUUCCGGAUAA